AUGGUGGUGACUGCUCACCAUGUCACCUCGGACUUCAAGCUGCAGCAGAUGGUGAUCGACUUUAGGCCGCUGGAUGGCUGUCACACGGGGGACAAGAUAGCCGAUGAGCUGGAGCAGGUCAUAAGGGAGUGGGCAUUGGGUGGUGGUGAGUUCUUCGGCGUGACCACGGACAACGCCGAGAACAGCAACCGGGCGGUUCGUCUGCUGGCCGGCGUCUCUGACCACACACCCGGGUCACGUCCUCGUGACCCCCCCGUGAUGUCCCUGUCUCGGCACUUCAAGUGUGUGGCCCAUGUCCUGAACCUCGCAGUGCAGUACGCACUGGCGGUUGAGCCGGUUGCCGAGGCGCUCCGGAGGCUGCGAGCUGUGGCUAGCCACAUCGGGUGGUCGGUGCAGCGGUCGGAGCGUUUUUUUGGCAUCCAAAAGGAGUAUACUGCGACCCGUGCGGCGACGCAGGCAGAGAGGGAGGCAGAGGAAGGGGGGGAGAGGCAGGCAGAGGGGGGUACUGCAGAGGGGGGGGCGGGGCAGGCAGAGGGGGGCAGCAGUGCGCGUAAGCUACCUGAUGAUUUGCGCCUGAUCGUUGACUCGGAAACGCGCUGGGGUUCCACGCUAGAGAUGGUGCCUAACAUCACCAAGGCCACACGCGAGGCAUGGGCAGCGAUCAGGCUGUCCGAUGCUCACUGGUCAGCCCUCAACGAGCUGCGUGCUUUCCUUGAGCCAUUUGUCCGCAUCAGCCUGUUCGUGGAGGGGUCUUUGUACCCCACCAUGGGGUCGGUCGUGCCGCAGUACAAUAUGCUCCUGGAUAUUCUUGAUGAGGGUCAGUAUUCGCCAGACGUCUCGCAGCUGUGCAGGGACCUGUCCAAACGGGAUUUGAGCAAGUUGGAGCGACACAUGGGGGGGGUGAACGAGGAGGCGGCGAUUGCCACCUUCCUCGAUCCUCGGCUCAAGACGGCGACCUUCAGGCUCAGGGCCCGGGGGGCGAGGACUAGCGCGCCCAUUGUGGUGGAGGCGGGGGGGCAUGCCAGGGGGGCCAGGACACUCGACCUGAGCGAGGAGCGGGUGAAGGCGCUCGUACACGAGCGCCUUCCACCGUACCAGACAGCGGUUCGUGCAGCGGUAGAUGCACGCGUUGGGGGUGAGGUCACGAGCGCUAGGGGAGUGUCGGGGGGGGGCGCGGCAGUGGGCGGGUCUGCAGGGCGUAGGGGGACCAGGUCGCGUGGCGUGCUAGACUUUCAGGCUAGGCUGUUUGCAGACUUGGCAGAGAUGGAGGCAGAGGAGGGGGUGGGGGUACAGGACGAGGUGGACCAGUAUAUAGCUGAGGCGAGGCAGAAGGGAGGGUGCUCCUUAGAGUACUGA